CUGCUCCAUGCUCCACCCCUGGUGUUGCUACUCUCCACCCUCUUUGUCCCCCGGAACCGCUCCUCUCUCCUGGGUGUCUACCAGCGCCGUCAGCUCGCAUCUGGAUCCCUGUAGGACAAGCUUGCAGUCCCCAGUCCCGACCCACAGGAACCACGGCCUCCUCGCUAGUGGACAGAAAGCAAAAAAAACAAAACAAGAAUCCGACAUUGACGCGUUCUCCCCGUUUGUGGUUCUCACUGUCUUCGGAACCCCGAAGUCCACUCCUGGGAUUCUUGCCAGCGGUGCAAAAAAAGUUUUUUCUCUCUCGUAAAAGUUGUGUUUGGUGUCGUCUUCGGGGAACUCGGUAUUGUCUUAAACACCCGUGCUGUUUGAGGGAUUGUGUUUAUUUCUUGUACUUGUGUGAAUGAAGCGUGUGUUGAGCGGAAGAAAGCAACAAGUCUCCAUGAGGAAACUCGGCGUGGCUCACACUUAGUUUGCACACCUGGACACUUUUUCUCCCGCUAUUGUUUUUUUUUUCUUCCUGUGUUUCACUGUCUGAAGUUGACACAAAAUGAAGACGCUGUUGUCGCUGUGUGUGCUCAGCACACUGGUCGUGUUGUGUUUGUCUGCCACGGCGGAGCAAAAGUUGACAAACUGCAACGAAGUUCGGGCUGCUUACAGCUCCAAAGGCUUCAACGUCAACGAUGUUCCCAACAAAGGAGUAAACGCAGCGUCCCUCAAAGUUUGUCCGCAGGGUUACUCCUGCUGCACGGUGGAGAUGGAGGAGAAGCUGAGCCAGCAGAGUCACUAUGAGAUCAAAGCUCCUGUCUCCAGGCUUAGCACCAAUCUACAGUCCACCUUCCGACAGAGGCACGGUCACUUUGACAAGUUUUUCCGGGAGCUUCUGAAAAAGGCUGAGCUCUCACUGCACAACAUGUUUGUACGAACGUACGGCAUGAUGUACGUGCAGAACGCCGAGCUGUUCAAGAACUUUUUUGAGGCCCUGACAAGGUACUACGUGUCCGGCAGCUCGGCCAUCAACCUGGAAUCCAUGUUGUCUGACUUCUGGGCCGACCUCCUGGAGAGGAUGUUCCGCUUGGUCAAUGUGCAGUAUGAAUUCAGCGAUGCCUACAUGGAGUGCGUCAGCCGCCACACAGAGCAGCUGCAGCCCUUUGGCGACGUGCCCCGCAAGCUCCGCAUCCAGUUGACACGUGGCUUCAUUGCUGCACGCACCUUUGUGCGUGGCCUAAACCUCAUGCCAGAGGUGGUGAAUAAAGUUUCAACGGUCAGUGCAUCUCCCAGCUGUGUGCGAGCGGCUAUGAAGAUGUUGUACUGCCCCUACUGCUCGGGCCAAGUGGCCCUGAAGCCCUGCCAGAAUUACUGUCUGAAUGUCAUGCGGGGCUGUUUGGCCAACCAGGCUGACUUGGACACAGAAUGGAACAACUUUCUUGAUGCCAUGCUUAGUCUGGCUGAGAGGCUGGAGGGUCCUUUCAAUUUCGAGUCCGUCAUGGAUCCCAUUGAUGUGAAGAUUUCCGAUGCAAUCAUGAACAUGCAGGAGAACAGCAUGCAAGUUUCACAGAAAGUUUUCCAUGGCUGUGGCCAGCCUAAACCGAGCAUGGCGUUCCGCUCCAAACGUUCUGUCAAGGAAACCGGCUUUACUCCCCGCUUCCGCCCCUACAGUCCUGAUGCAAGACCUACCACUGCCGCUGGGACAAGCUUAGAUAGGCUGACAAGUGAUGUCAAGAAGAAGCUGAAGCAUGCCAAAAAGUUCUGGUCCACGUUGUCAGACACUGUGUGUGUGGGGGAGAGGAUUGCACCUGGUGACGAUUGCUGGAAUGGCACAGCAAAGAGCAGGUAUGAGUCGGUGGUGAUUGGAAAUGGACUGGCCAAUCAAGUGUCCAACCCUGACGUGGACGUGGACAUUACCAAGCCAGACAUUGUGAUACGAAGUCAGAUUGCCGUUCUGAAGGAAAUGACGAGCUGGCUCAAAGCUGCGUACGGCGGAAAGGACAUCUCCAUCGAAAACGGUGAAGAUGCUUUCCCAGUAUUCCUUUUUCAUCACAAGUCCUGGAAAAAUACCUCACUCUUUGUUGUGUUGUUUUUUUCAGACGAGGAAGCCAGCGGGGGAGAGGAGAGCGGCAGUGGCUGCGAUUCAUCGUCCUGCAACACGGAUCGGGACAUCUACUUCUCUACUCCACCCAACCCUGUCGACCCCCGAGUUAAAAUGGUGCACAGUGAAUCGGCCGCCACAGCCCUGCAGGGCAGCGUGGCCCUGGCGCUCUGCGGGCUGGCCCUGCUUUUUGCCCACUUGAGAUAAAAGUGCCGUGAGAAAAAAAUAAUGACUGAGAACGAUGGAGUGAAGGGGAAAACUGUCAGAAAUACUUUAAAAGGACUGCCUUCAGGACCUCAGACAGUUUGUCGUCGAGGGAGGGGACGGGUGGGGUGGGGGUGAGACGCUUCUUAAUAUUACAACAACUUCACUUUUAAUUAUUUGCAUGUUUUAAGGACAACAGUGUUCAACAAUCUUACCCAGAAAUGUUCAACUUUUAUUCGCCAUGGAUAUGUUGGAGCUACACAACAGAAACACGUCUUCUUUUGGCAAUUUAAAACUCAAAUGUGUGCCUUUUCAGUGACUGCCGUCUAUAUACUUAACACAUAACAUCUUCCUCAUCAUUCAUGUCCCCACAAAGAUGUUAUAUUUCAAAACAGUCAUCCAGCACGCCGUGUGCAAACUGUGAAUCUCUUCAUCCGCCAGUACGCUAUUUGCAAAAUAGAGAGUCUUCACUCCUUUUCUGUCAGUUAAGAAACAGUGAAGGCCUUUUGUUAUAUUUUCUUUGGAAAGACAGGACAUUUUCUAAUCUAAAUAUGUUACCUGGCUUCCACGUUUCCUCUGCUCAGCAGUUAAGUAGUGCGGUUAUAUACCUCAUUCAUUAUCUUUGUCAGUGCAAUCUAGUCAUAUGCAGGAAUUGAAAGUGUGAUGGAGAUGUGAUAUGUGUCUGAGAAGGACAGGGGCUCCCCCUGGUGUUACCCCUAAAGAAGAAGGCAGCGCUGGCAAGUCCCCAAUGCCCCCUUCUGUGUACUGUAAACUCAGUUCAGGACUGAAGAUCGGACUUUGUACAGUCUCCCGUGUUUGAAAAAUGAUGUUUCAUGUUCAACUAGACAAGAGAACCAAAAGAGUGCUUUGAUCAAAUGAAAUCGAGGAUUUUUUUUUUUAAUACAGGGUUUUCGUGUUAAGUUUUUAGCCUUUUUUUUUUAUUGGUAUGAUAAUGAAGAUAUAAUUUAGGUACUACAUUGGGUUUGAAAUGCUAAUUUUAGGGUGGUGGAACUGGCCAGUGUGCACCAUGGAUGUACCACGUAAAUGGCCCUGUUCAGUAUAAUUGGACACCUUAUGAAUCUACCUAGUCUCACUGUUUCAAUGUCGCAAGUGCUACCAAAAUUAAUACCAUGAGUGGUGCUUCAUACCUUAUUUUUUUUAUUUUUUAUUUGCUUGUUUUUCAACUUGGUACAGAAAUGGCAACAUCUUAAGGUGAAACAAAUGUAGGUUGUAUGACUUCUGUCAUGUGCUGAAUUUCCCUCAAGGGUUUUACAUUUGUUACCAGCUAAAAAGCACAAUAAUAGGCUUUGUUUGUUUUUUUAAUUUCAUCUGUAAAAUUGUGCUGCCUCAUGCAGCCUUUGUACAGUAACUUAUGUCUUUCUUUGUUGUCAUUCUCUAAAAUCGGCUAAAGACUAUCCACAAGCAUUCGUUGUCACGUCCACCUCACACAGAUUGUAUUAUACUCGGGGGGAUUUAAAAUAUGCAUUUUAUGAUUUCAUAAUGAUGGACCUUACACAUCUCUCCAUGGUAAUGACGGGCAUAAAGUAAUCUACAACUUUUUUUUUUUUGCCUCUGAAUUUGACGGGUUGAUUGUAAGCUCACAUCAAAAUGUCUUCAAAAUAAGUGAGCAGUCCAGUUAUUAUGACUGGGAAUGAACCAGUGAGAAGGUUGUCUCACUUUGAAGGAACCCCUAUGCAAACUGUUAAUUUAAGAUUAUGAUUUGGCUUUUCUUUCAUACUCCCCACUUAGGUAUCACCAACAAGGUUUGUGUAUGUCAUCAUGACAUGUGGAAAAGUGGUGUUUAGUAAGGACCCCAACCCCUUGUCCCCAAAAAAGGCAACUUUUAGAGUAAACGUUUUGGGAAAUAUGUCUGUGCUUGCCGGCCACAGCAGCGUUUUCCGACUGGCGGGAGUCGGUCCCGCUGCAGGAUGCUGUUUAUUUGAACCUGACAGGUGCUUGAAAGCCUUCCGUCAAACAGAAUGGACUCUAAGGAGAGAGCGUGUGAACGACUGAAAAGAAUUAAGAGAAGUGUAAAUAAAGAGCAGCCGUUUUAGAUGUCUCUAAAAGAGGCCGUAACUGUACACCAGAUUUUUACUUGUCAGAGUAUCUCCUAAAAGUUAUGGAAGAGCAAGAUGAGAUAGAUGUUAAAUUGUAAGAAAAAAUGUAUAUUAAACAACAUUUCUUAGUCUUGUUAAAAUAAAGACUGCCAAUAUUUA